UGGAUGUGUAAAAUAUGUAUUGAUGUAAAUUCAACAUUUGUUUUCAAAGUAACUAAAAGGUUGGCGAUAGUUAAAGUUAUUUGAGUCGAAAGUCAGUGUGUUUGUGUGUGAUAUUGUGACGUAUAGUUUUGUUAUCGUUAGACUCUCUAGUGAAAUGAAAAGACGUGACUUUAUGUAAGGAAUACUGCGAUCAUGCUCUUCUCUGGAAGAAUGAAAUAAUAAAAGAAUGUAAAGAUUUGUUAAGUGAUUUCAUUUGUCGAUGUAGUUAGAUUCAGGGGCAGAUCCAGCGUUAGGCAAAGUGAAUUACAAUAGCAUAGUCAUGGAGGUAUUUCUGAUUUAGAUUUAGCGGGCAGCAACUGAUUUUGCCUAACCCUAGAUCCGCUACUAUUUUACGAAAAUUUGCUUGAUUACUCAAGCCAAGCGGAUUAUGUAAUCUAAUCCUACCCCAUAUCAUAUUUGAACAAUCAGUCCCAAAAUGCAUUUUGAAGAUGUAUCCCAGAGUGCAUUACAAUACUGAUAAAAUAAAUUUCCCCAAGAAGAAAGAUAUCGCAAGAAUUUUCUUUAUAAAAUUACUAUCUUGGCUCUUGACCUGCAUUUCUAAUCAUGGCAGCAAAUGAGACAUCACUCAACAACUCCUUUGAUGUUCAUUCAAACCAGAUUAAUAUAAAAGAAGAACCUUAUGAUGAUGGAUUUUCAAAAAAGCGUUCUGUUGAAGAAACUGACCCCUAUGAGCAACCUACAAAAAAAAGACGCAUGGAAGCUGGUGAUGGACCAAAUACAAUGAUUCGCAUUCUUGUGAAUAGCAAGGAUGCAGGGGGUAUCAUUGGAAAGGGUGGCUCGAAUAUCAAAAGGUUAAGAGAACAGUACAAAGCUACAGUCAAUAUCCCUGAUACAAGUUGCCCAGAGCGCAUUCUUAGUAUUAACUCAGUUUUGGGAUCAGCUUUAACCAUUCUACAUGAAUGUAUACCAAAGAUUUGUGAGUCACAACUUAGAAAUAAUCCUCGUGAUGAUCCAGAGAUACAGUUCUUGGUCCAGCAAAGUCAGGCAGGCAGUAUAAUUGGUCGUGGUGGAGCGAAGAUCAAAAAUCUACGUGAAGUGACAAAGACAAACGUAAAGGUCUUUCCUGAUUGCCUCCCUGAUUCAUCAGAAAGAAUCGUCGCCAUUCAAGGCAAUCCUGAUAAUAUUAUUGAGUGUGUUCAAAGCAUUUGUGAAACUUUAAACGAGACACCUACUAAAGGACAAAUCAUGUUGUAUGAUCCGGGUCAAAUGAGAUCAUUCCAUGGUACCCUUGGUUUUGGUGGACGUGGGAAUCGUAACCGUGGAGGUAGAGGGGGUAGCAGAGGUAGAGGACGGGGUUUUGGUGGUCGUGGGGGAAAUAUGAGUAGUGGUGGGGGUCCUAACUUUGGACAUGGUCCUAUGGAUGGGGGUGGUGUUCCAAACAUCUUUGGAGGUGGCAACUCAAUGGUAAGGGGUGGUGGUGAGUUCUCUGCUGAUAACUUCAAUAUGAGUGCUGGUGGUGGACAGGUGCCGCCUUUUGAUCAAAGCACUACAACUACACAAGUGACUAUACCUAAAGAUUUAGCUGGAUCUAUUAUUGGUCCCGGUGGAAACAGAAUAAACAGGAUAAGACGUGACACUGGAGCAAAUGUUAAGAUUGAUGAACCAAUGGUUGGUUCAAAUGAUCGAAUUAUAACUAUCAGUGGCAAUCAAGAUCAGAUCAAUCAUGCACAAUACUUAAUGCAAAAAUGUGUUCGUGAAUAUUCUGGAAAAAAGUUCUGAUCCUGUUUCUCAUACUUUAUGUUGUAAAUAUCCAGAGAAUACGUUUUCCCUGUAUGUCAUUUUAUUAAAGUGAUUUUACAUUAUGAAA